AUGGUGCUGUACGUGGUUGGCUUGGGUCUCGGCGACGAGCAGGACGUGACGCUACGUGGGCUAAACGCGAUCAAGAAGUCCAAGAAGGUCUUCCUAGAGAACUACACGUCCGUACUAGGCGUGGAACUGGAGAAAUUGGGCGAGUUCUACGGCCGUGAGGUGAUUCUAGCCGACCGCGAUUGCGUCGAGACCGGCGCCGACCAGAUUUUCGCCGAUGCUAAAGACGACGACGUUGCCUUCUUGGUCGUCGGCGAUCCGCUAUGCGCUACGACCCACUCUGACCUGAUUCUGCGCGCAAAGGAGCUGGAUAUUAAGGUGGAAGUGAUCCACAACGCGUCCGUCAUGGGCGCUGCAGGCUCCUGCGGCCUGCAGCUCUAUUCGUUCGGACAGACUGUGUCCAUCCCUUUCUUCCGGGACGAAUGGCGCCCCGACAGCUUCUACGAGAAGAUCCAGUACAACCGUCGGGGCGGCAUGCACACGCUGUGUCUACUGGACAUUAAGGUGAAGGAGCCCGACUUUGAAGCCAUGUGUCGUGGACGCACAGUGUACCUGCCGCCGCGCUUCAUGUCAGUGAAUCAGGCUAUUGAACAGCUCAUUGAGGUCGAGGAGAAACGUCAGGAAGGAGCGUAUAGCAAGGACACGAUCUGUGUGGGCAUGGCACGUCUCGGCCAGAAGGACCAGACGAUCAUCGCUGGCACGAUGGAGGAGCUGCUGACCGCCGACUUUGGCGCUCCGCUGCACUGUCUGGCCAUCACUGGAGAGGUGCACCCACUCGAAGAGGAGAUGCUCAAGCAAUUCUACAUUAAGAAAUAGAGAGAUUGAUGAGCUUUGAAGCUUCUUGAUAUGAAUGCAUUUUACUCGUA